AUGAACCCAGGAGCAGCGGAAGGCAGCGUGGAGAGUGGGGGCAGUAGUGGAGUGUCGGGGUCGUGGAGUCUACUACCUGGGUUCCCCCGGACCAAGUUCCCCAGACCUCGGUUCCUCCCAGACCCCGAGUUCCUCCCAGACCCCGAUUUCUCCCUAGACCCCGAGUUUCCCCAAGACCCCCGAGUUCCCCAAGACGGGGUUCCCCUAGACCCCGAGUUCCCCCAAGACCCCCAGGUUCCCCUCCCAAGCCCCCGAGUUCCCCGGACUCCCGAGUUGCCCCAGACCCUCGGGUUCCCCAGACCUCGAGUUCCCCAGAAGACCCCGGUUCCCCUAGAUCCCGACCUCCCCCAGACCCUCGAGUUUCCCCCAGACCCGAGUUCCCCCGGACCCCAAGUUCCCCCAGACCCUCAGUUCCCUCCCAGACCCUCGAGUUCCCCUAGACCCCCGACCUCCCCAAGACCCCGACCACCCCCAAGACCCCGAGUUCCCCAGACCCGGGGUUCUUAUCGACAGUCGUGA